UGUAUAUAGUUAUUCUUAUUUACUUAGGCUUCUAGAAAUCAUAAUGUAAUAAACUCUUUUGAAUUAUUUUGUUUAUUCUAUGGAUCUCAUUGUUUACUGGGAGAAAAUAUUCAAGAAAUUGCUUUCUUUUUUAAGAUUGUGGCUCCAAUAUCUAGAGUUGAGAAGCUUGUUAGAUUUCUGUGGAUGAUGUGCUGAGGGAGACGAGCGGUUGUUAGUAGCGGAGUAUAUGCCUAAUGAUACUCUCUCCAAGCAUCUCUUUCACUGGGAGAAACAGCCACUGCCAUGGGAGAUGCAUGUGAGAGUUGCAUACUACAUUGCACAAGCACUUGAUCAUUGCAACACGGAAAACCGAAAAAUAUAUCAUGACUUGAAUGCAUACAGAGUCCUCUUUGACGAGGAUGGUGACCCACGGUUAUCUAGUUUUGGCCUUAUGAAGAAUAGUGGAGAUGGAAAAAACUAUAGCACUAACCUGGCUUGUACUCACCUGAGUUUCUGA